AUGCCUUUGCGCGCGCAGUCCGAAGUAGAACAUCCGAUCCGAAACCCGAUCGUUCCUCGCACGGUUAGCUCUACGCUGCCGUUACUGCACCCGUGCGCCCUGUACCCUUUAGCCUACGGCAUCCCUCGCUCUCGCAUGCCGGACGUUGCUUCGACCCUUCCGGUCGGCUUCGAGCUGUGGAACACUUGUGCCAACCUUUUCUGCCAUGCAAUGUACUCUGGCAGCGUGCUGCCACCGCACCCGUUGUCAUCGUCAGCUCAAAAUUUUCCAGUUGGCCCGUCUGGCAUGGACACAUCGUAUCUGCCUCCGCCGCCGCCGCCACCACCACUACCGAAUGUGUCGUCGGAUUUUAAGGAGAUUCGUCCAUCGUCGCAUUGUCACCAGAAGAUGAUGGACGAAGAAAGCGAUGGUGGUGGCUCCGCCGCAGUUUCAUUUCUGGAACGUUCCUCAGUUGUGGUACCGAACAAAAGGUUCGCCGGCGACAGACCGGCGGCAACUCACGCUAACGGAGGGACGAGUGUGGCUGCGGUUCACAAUGAUGACCCUACAGUUAGUGCUGGUCGCACUGUCAGAUCGGUUGUGGAUGGCGGGACUCAGACGAGUCCGGAAGAUUUUUCAUGA